GUUCCGUUUAUAUGGAUUUUUAUGCCUUGCUUUCUAUUUUUAUCAGUUAUUUCACCUUUUUGUUCCCAGUCACAUUAAGCCAUUUUGUAAUAUAUAAAUCAAUGUCCUCUCCUUGUCUGUUGCAGAAUAACUUUAAGGGUAAGAUUGAGUUCAAAAACUGCAGGUUUACCUAUCCAAGCCGGCCUAACAUCCAGGUGCUGAGGGGACUGGAGGUGGAAGUGAGCCCUGGCCAGACUCUUGCAUUUGUGGGCAGUAGCGGUUGUGGCAAGAGCACAAGCGUUCAACUACUGGAAAGAUUUUAUGACCCAGACCAGGGCCAAGUGCUGAUAGACGGACACCCAUCCCAUGAAAUUAAUGUACCAUUCCUGAGGUCUCAGAUUGGAAUUGUAUCUCAGGAGCCUGUGCUUUUUGACUGCACAAUAGCAGAAAACAUCCAGUAUGGAGCUAACUCACAGUCCGUCACCAUGGAGGAGGUCAUAGAGGCUUCGAAGAAGGCUUAUCUGCAUGAUUUUGUGAUGAGUCUACCUGAUAGAUAUGAGACUCAUGUUGGAGCACAUGGGUCUCAGCUGUCUAGAGGGCAGAAGCAGUGUAUUGCGAUUGCUCGCGCCAUUAUCAGAAACCCAAAAAUCCUGCUGCUGGAUGAGGCUACCUCUGCCCUAGACACAGAAAGUGAGAAGACAGUUCAGGCAGCGUUGGAUGAAGCUCGAUGUGGCCGCACCUGCAUUGUCAUUGCACACAGACUCUCCACCAUUCAAAAUGCUGAUAUCAUUGCAGUGAUGUGUCAAGGUGUUGUUAUUGAGAAAGGCACACAUGAAGAGCUUAUGACUAAGAAAGGGGCCUAUCACAAGCUGGUUACUACAGGUGCACCCAUAAGUUAAAAACAAUAUUGUACAAUGAUGUAGUAGACCUUUACCUUAAUUUACUAGUGUACCAACAGGAUGUGCACUGAUCUGGAGGAACUGUCCUUUCAGUUCAAUACAGUACACUGUAUUUGUCCAGUAUUAUAUUAUAGGCAGCGUAUGGAUUAUAUUACAUCACUGGCAGAUCUCUAUUUCUCUUGAUUACCCACAGUGAUAAUAAUGUACUCUGUUAUUUUUAUAUGAUUAUUAUUGUUUCUUUUUUCUGAUAAUCUAAAUCAGGGGUGUCAGACGUACGGCCCGGAUGAAUUUUGAAAGUGAAAAAAUGCGUAAAAGACACGAACUUGAAAUUUUUAAAUAAAAUGCUAUUCCUAAAUUAUGCGCUAGGGGCGCACUGUUUUAGUCAGAGUAGAAGACGCAGCACACUCUGGGACUCAGACCGAAUAGCAGAUGGCAGCAAUGCGCCUUCUUCUGUUUGUUAUUACGGUGUAGUCUACCCUAUUUUCUACUCGUCCCCACACCCUCAUUAGCAAAACUGUGUCAAAAAGGAGAAAAGUGGAUACAGAAUGUAGAGUUUUCCAAGAAAAAUGGACCGCUUCCUAUUUAUUCACAGAGAUGAAUGGGUAAAAGUUUAAAAAAAAAUGCAAUUUAAUUUUAGUCAACAGCUUCACUACAAAAGAGUUUGGUUUAAUGGAAUCCUAUUGUUCAUGCAAUGCCAUACAUUUUAAAGUGCAAUACUAUAUUUUUCAGUUCCAAAUACCUGUGAAGUUUUUUGCAUUUGUAAAAACACUGUGACCAGUUGUAAUGCACACAUGUAAAUGAUAAUCAGAAGCAAAUUGCACAUGUUUGUCUUAAGAAAUCUGAGGUUGUUCAUGAUAUAUUUUGUAAAAGGAUAUUUAAUUAAAUAUGAAG